UGUGGGAGAUUUUUCCAUCUGUGUUUUCUGUGUGCUUCCAACUGUUUUGAACGGGUCUGACUGUUGUGGAUAUUUAUAAGAUUUUGUUCGAGGAGCACCGGCCACCAAAAGGACACUCGUCGGCUCCACAAGAGCAGAAGCCGCUGGACAACUACGCGACCGCUGAACGCGUGUGGCAGAGGCUCCUCUCGGCGCACAGCUUCGGCGAUUGCCUCGCAACUAUCGCGACAGGCGAGAUUUCAGAGGCUGAGGCUGAGAGGCUGGGCCUGGUGCCUAGUCACGCCUAUGCCAUUCUCGACGUGAAGGAAAUCAACGGCACAAAGCUAUUGCAGGUGAAGGACUCCUUGGUGGAAGACUCCUUGGGUCCCAAGCGAUGGCGCGGAGCUUACUCCAGCACAUAUCCCCACUGGACACCUGCACUCGUACGGCGCUCUUCGACAUGGCAGUCAACUACCCCCCCCAGGAGAGGCAAACCCUGCAGGACAAAGGCGUCUUCUGGGUGGACUUCGCUUCCGUCGUGCAGUACUUCAGACACGUCUUCCUUAACUGGAAUCCCAACACCUUCCGCUUCAGGAACUUGACGCACCUGCGGUGGCCGGUGGAGAUCGGUCCCAAGAACGACUCCUUCAACCUCGGCGACAACCCGCAGCUAUCGCUCUCCGUCAAGAGCGGCGCAACAAGUGCCGGUUCGGGGGAAUCUGGCUCGGCGGCGGCUACGGUGUGGGUGCUGUUAACCAGACACGUGACGGUGAUCGAGUCCGACCCGGCAGAAGGCGACUUUCUGACGAUGCACGUCUACGCGGACACGCAAGGGAAGCGAGUCUACUACCCGGAAAACCAAUGUUUAGGGGGAUUUACACCAACAACCCUCACACGCUCGUCAGGUAUGACCCAUACAACCAAGCCGUUACGUAUCAACGUGCCGUCCCGCGUACAGGUACCGCCAGGCGUACCGGUACUCCGCCGGGUAUUACCGUACCACCGGUACCGUGCCAUAACUGUCCGUAGCGCACCGUGUAUUCCGUCCGUCGAACCGACGCCUUCAACCAUUGGUGUGGAUGACCAAGCCGUCAGGCCGUCCCGCACAACCCAUUCCAUCAGAUUCGACUUGCCGGAGAACACGGGCUCCACGGACAAGUGGGUCGAUUACACGCUCGUGGUCAGCCAGUACGAGAAGAAGAGAGAAGUCAGGUACUCCGUGGACGUGUACUGCACGAACACCUUCAGGGUCGUCCAAACGCCUACAUCUCCCGAACACGAGCAGACGGUAUUGGGUGCAUGGGAUCAAAGCAGUGCGGGGGGAGCACUGGGGACACCGUUUUUCUACACCAACCCACAGUACGCCCUGGUGCUAACACAGCCCGAGACCAAGGUUCAUGUCGAAGUCAGGGCACCCAAAGAUUUUCAAAUCAACGCUACCGUGGUGUCGCAAGGGGGGAUGCGGGUUGACUCGGUCUCGAACGAGCGGGAGGCGAUGGCGACGGGCUCAUACCGGAUGGGUUUCUGCUACGCGGGAGGCAUUCUGCCGGCGGGAACGUACACUGUUAUCUUCAGCACCUACAAACCCGGCCAGGUAUCUCUUCACCGUACCGUCCCGAGCGUCGAUACUCCUCCGCGUCGUAAUCCCAGAAAACGCGGGACCCUUCCCCGAGGAGAGGCCCGCGGUCAACAUCACGCUCUUCCCAACCACGAGGGAGGGUGGGGGGGUGAUCGCACCGCGGGACCCCGGAGGAUUCAGGCGGCAUGCACCUGCGAGGUGUCGGGAGGAUUUCCCUCAACCCCAAGUGUCAAGCGACUUCCAACCUCGCGAUAG